AUGGAGUCAGCGAAUCGAAAUUUAAUCAAGUUUUGAAUGAGGAGCUGGAUCAAAUUAUGAAGGCUUACAAGCACCACCAGAAGGUUGAUGAGCUUCCAAAAUUUACUGUGAUUGUGGCUCAAAAGAACCAUAAUACAAAGCUAUUCCAAGCUGGUUCUCCCCAGUAUAAUUAAUGUUCCACCAGGUCUUCCACCUUCUGAUUUUCAUUUCACUUUGAUCAUUGAACCAUAAUACAAAGCUAUUCCAAGCUGGUUCUCCCCAGUAUAAUGUACCACCAGGAAUAGUUGUGGACACAAAUAUUGUGCAUCCAAGGAAUUAUGAUUUCUAUAUGUGUGCUCACAAAGGCUCCAUUGGAACUUCUAGGCCAGCACACUAUCAUGUCUUGCUCGAUGAGAUUGGCUUUUCUGCCAAUGAACUGCAAAACCUGAUCCACUCUCUUUCCUAUGUGUACCACCAGAGGAGUACAACUGCAGUCUCAAUUGCACAAGUAAUGCAGUUUAUGAAGUUUGAAGAUCUCUCGGAAACUUCAUCAUCAGGAAGGGUCAGUGUCACUACAUCAGAGAGUAUCCCAGUGCCUGAGCUCCCUAGGCUUCAUGAGAAGGUCCGCGGUUCCAUGUUCUUCUGUUUAUCAGAUUGCCGCUGCUUCAUCUAGCACUGUUUAGGAUUUCUGCCCCAAACUUAGCAGACCUCUUGGUCUGGUUAAUUUCGAGUAUCUAUAUUCUUGACUCUUUAAGCUAAGUGGGGUUUAUAGGUUUAUGCAUUAUGAUAUGGACCUGCAUGGUCUUGGAAUCAUCAUUCUACAUGUCUAUCUCAUUUCUUGUUAUUUUUCUGAAAGGUACCAGGUGACAUUUUGUUCAUGCUUUAAUAUAAUAAA